AUGAAGCGUGUCAAUAUCUGCCUUGCUGUGCAGAUCCCGGAGUCAGAAGCAGCUCAGAAGAAGGCAGAAGCAGAUCGCCUGCGCGCAGCAGAGAAAUUUAUGGUGGUGGGGACUGGCGAAGCCAUCUGCGCAGGCUGCGGUUAUGAGUACCUGCCAAAGAAUGGGGACCCAGAAUAUCCCAUCACUCCAGGCACCCCAUUCACGCAACUGCCGGAUGACUGGAAUUGCCCGAUCUGUGGCGCCGACAAGGUCACAUUCCAGUCUAAGGCGAAGGAAAUCGCAGGUUUCGCAGAGAACCAGAGAUAUGGGCUUGGCACCAAUUCACUCACUAGUGGCCAAAAGAGCCUGCUGAUCUUUGGGUCUUUGAUUGCAUUUUUCUUUCUGUUCCUUGGCGGAUAUUUUAUUGAGUGA